CUCUCCUUUACUUCCUGUUUUACCGGGGCCGGGGCUCCGGCUUGUGCCUGUGGGAUCUGCUCUCUUCGUCGCCGGUUUUUGUCUCCGGGACUCCAGGAGCUCAUGGAUUUCACGUAGGGAAGGUCCCGACGCCAUUUUUGCAGGGUUCCGGCCUGUUUCUGGCGCUGGGGGUGGUUCUCCCCACCUUCCCCUCCCCCAGUAUCUUCCCUUGUUGUUCUCUCCUGGACCAUGGCUGCUGCCUUCGAGCGGCCAACUUUUUGUUGUUGCCGCAAAGUUAUGACCGGCUCGGGCAAGGGCGAGGAGAGAAGCUGGCCCCAGCCCCGGGGACCCCACUGCCCUGUCGAUAUCGCAUCCGCUUCCAACUUCCAGCAUUUUGAGAUCCGGCACUUGCACCUGGAGCUGGAGAUUAACUUUGGACGGCGGCAGAUCGACGCGGUCGAGGUGCUGGACCUGGUGAGUCUGGAGCCCGCCACCCGGAGCCUGGUCCUCGACUCGCACCAGUCGCUGCUCAUCCGCUCGGUCAGCGCCAAGUGCUCGUGUAACUCGGCUCAGAACAGCUGGCCGCUCAGCCACAGACUCGAACCUUUCACCGACUACGGCUCGUCGCUGGUGAUAACGUUGCCGGCUGCUAUCAAACCUCACAGCAACUUCCAGAUCAUCAUCAAGUACACUACAGCAGACGGGCCAGCGAUUUGGUGGCUGGAUCCAGAAUUAACAAGUGGAAACUCCAAACCAUUCCUCUUCACACAUGGUCAUUCAGUGUGCAACAGAUCCUUCUUCCCCUGUUUCGAUACACCUGCAGUCAAGAGUACCUAUUCUGCUACGGUCAUGGUUCCACCUGGUAUCAAAGUACUAAUGAGUGCAACGAGAAGCACAUUUGAUGAGCAAGAGAACAUAUAUCGAUUCCAAAUGGAAUAUCCAGUUCCUGCUUACCUAUUGGCCUUGGUAGCUGGAGAUCUGAUUUCUGCAGAUAUUGGUCCACGAAGCAGAGUCUGGGCUGAACCUUGUUUAUUAAAGAUUGCAACUGCAAAACUCAAUGGUACAGUGGAGCGAUGGCUGACUGCUGCAGAGAAUCUCUUCGGACCUUAUAUGUGGGAAAGGUAUGACGUUGUAUUCCUUCCACCCUCUUUUCCAAUUGUUGCAAUGGAAAAUCCCUGUUUGACGUUCAUUAUUUCCUGCAUAUUGGAAAGCGAUGAAUUUCUCAUUAUUGAUGUUAUCCAUGAGAUUGCACAUAGUUGGUUUGGAAAUGCAGUUACCAAUGCUACAUGGGAAGAAAUGUGGCUGAGUGAAGGGCUGGCAACCUAUGCACAACGUCGCAUUACCACAGAAACUUAUGGGGCUGCUUUUACUUGUCUUGAAACCACUUUCCGACUAGAAGCACUACAUCGUCAGCUAAAACUGCUUGGAGAUGAGAGUCCUGUCAGCAGGCUACAAGUGAAGUUUGAGCCAGGAGUCAAUCCCAGCAGUCUGAUGAAUCUCUUCACCUAUGAAAAGGGAUUUUGCUUUGUAUACUACCUGUCACAGCUCUGUGGUGAUACAAAGUGCUUUGACUCUUUCCUUAGAGCUUACGUGGAGAAGUUCAAGUUUACAAGCGUGGUUGCAGGUGAUUUACUGGAGUUUUUCUUGGGCUUUUUUCCUGAGCUGAGGGAGAAAUGUGUAGACAACAAGGAAGGACUAGAGUUUGAGCGCUGGCUGAAUGCUUCUGGGCCACCGCUGUUGGAACCAGACUUGUCUCAGGGAUCCAGUUUGAUAAAACCGGUGGAAACUCUGUACCAACUCUGGAGUUCAGAAACUCUUGAUGGAAACCAUAUUACAGACAUUGAUAUAUCCAAAUGGAAAACAUUCCAAAUAGUCCAUUUGUUGGACAAACUCCUGGACAGAUCUCCAUUGCCUCAUGAAGUCAUGAUGAAGCUAUCAAAGAGUUACUCUGCACUGCUCGACUCAAUGAAUGCUGAAGUAAGAAUUCGGUGGUUACAGAUUGUGGUCAGAAAUAACUAUUUACCCGAUUUUUACAAAGUACGACGAUUUUUGGAAAACCAUACCUCACGAAUGUAUACUGGUCCUUUAUAUGAGGAUCUGUGCGCUGGAACCAUGAAGGCUAUUGCCAUGGAGACAUUUUACCUGACACAGAACAGGCUGCAUGUAAACUUGAGGAGAGCAAUCCAACAGAUUUUUGCACACAGUGCUAACCCUGCUGCUGUUAUGACACUGCUUGAAGAUAAACCAUCAGAUACGACCAACCCCAUCUCACUCAGGGAUGUGAAUGUCUCCGCGUAGCUGAUCAAACAGUGCUUUUGUAGAAUGGAUAUAACUAAAUAUUUGUGAUUUCCUAAUUCAGUCAUUUUUCACAGGAUAUAUGUUGGUUAACAUAAGGACCUCUUCUGGAGAAUGGAGAAGCCUAAGCCAGCAUUCCAAAAAUGUUUCAUGCAAAAUAAUAAUAUUUGUUGAAAGAUUGGCCACAGUGUAGAAACCUUGUCACUCUUGUAUUGUUAGAUACACAUGUAAAUUGUAGAUUCUAGAAUCAUAGUUUGAGGAUCAUUCUUGUUAAUCCAAACACUUGAACUCUUUAGUUAAAAGAGCUGCUUGGAAGAAAAAGAUAAUUCCUCAACUCCGACAGAAUAGUUGACGCAGUACAGAACUGUUGGUGCUAAAGAAGUAAUCAGGAAACAAGGUGAGGCCAAAUGAUUGGUUUUAAUAAAAGUUUAAAUAGUAUUGGUUGGUGCUGUUGAGCUGGUUGCGCCAUGCCUACUAUCUAUUAAAUGGAACAGGAAUUACCAGAAUGGAUUUCUAAUGAACACAUCUGUAUAAAGAAUGUGAAGUCUAAUUUUUGCCAAUGUAGAACGUAUCACUUUGGUUAAUUCACAUGGGUUUUACAGUGCAAAUUUGAUUUGGUUUUUAGCCAGUACAGGCUUUGUUAGCAAUAACAUUUUACUCACGGCAAAGUUUGUAGGUUCUUUAAGUUAUUGUAAAGUUGUUUCUUCCUGGGUUUUCUAAAGUUACAUCUGUAAAAAUUGAGAACUUUCAAAUUCAUUACACAUAUUUCAGAUACUUUUGCCCUCAUGCAAUCAAAAUUAUCAAUGUGAAGUUAAUGACAACAUGUUUCACAUCUAGGUUGUUUCAGAACAUUUUUUAAUAUAAAUUCUUCCCAAAUUUUCUAUAAAUAACUUAAGAUGAGUUUUCUUUUGCCUUUACAAUGGUUAAUGAAUGGAAAUUGGUUGGUUUUUCUACUGUUGUAUUUUCCACUUCACAUUCUUACAGAAUUUUUUUUCCUCCAAAAUUUAUUGCUAAGGGUAUUAUAAGUAAAUGGCUUCUGAAUUCUUAGAAUUCACUGUUGAUGGUUUGGAAUUGGAAACUGAGUUGGAAUAAGGAACAUGUUUAUUUUAUCCAAGUUAGUGAUUGUUAGUGUAUUAUAAGGAAAAGUACAAUAGGGUGACAGUCUGUUUUAAAAAGGAAUAUCAUGACUUGUGUUUCAAUUAAUCAUUUAAGUUUUAAUCUACAGGACAAGCUUCCCUUUUAGUGUGCUUCUUGCACUGUGGACUUAAGAUACUUAAUCUGCCAUCCAUGUGCUUUUCUUUUUUUCCAAUUCCAUUGUAUUUCUGUUUAAAGUAUAAGAAUUUUAGACAACCAAAAUUUGUUGGUAAACAGACCUGAGGUGCAAUGGAAUAAUAUUUGAGUUCAAUUUUGAUUGCUGACUUCACUGACUGCUCAUUUGAAGUUCCCAGAUGUGGUUCAAAGCCACAAUGGUGGGAUAUUAUGCAGUUGGUAAUGGUUAAUGCCACAUUAACUUGGUGGUCCUGACUGUCCCCUAGUUCCUGAUUUUUUUUUUGACUGUAGUCCUACAAUUUGAAUAGAGUGCUUCUGGUUCUCAAUUUGAAGAUGCGCUAACUGCUCUGCCUUGGAAAUGUUGGAAUCAACAGGUAGUUCAUUGAACAAAAUCCAAUUGUGAAGAUGAUAUUAAGAAAUGUGUAACAACACUGGAAGCACAUCAUCAAAUAAUUGAAUUAUCUGAUGGAUUUUUUUUUACUUUUUUUCUGCUUUUUGUUCAAAUGUGUUUUGAAAGCAUACGCAAAAAAAAAUGUUAAGGGGCCAACAACUGUGUAAUGGAUUUGCACAAAACUUUGUGACUAUACCUUUCUCAGGAAGUGCAACCAGUGGUGCCUUUCUCAACAGUAUUCAACUGAUUUAUGGUCCAUAAGCUUCUGUCCCUUUUAACAGAAGUCUUAUUAUUAAAAUGAAAUAAAACACUUCCUCAGAAAAUAUAUCAUUAAUUUGUUUACAAAAAUAUUUUAUAAGUCAGAACUAUUUUAUUAUGUCCCAAAUAAUACACUUAGUAACAAAAUAUGGUUUAGCUUUGUUUUUAUAAACUGCAGUGUUUUUCAUGGUGUCAGAUGUCAUGAGUCAGAUAUUUUUUUCCCCCUGAGACCGAAGAAGCUAUUUGCCAAACAGCUUGUGUGGAGAAUGUAGUUUUCAGAUUUAUGUGUUUUUUUAAAAAAUAACAAUCACUGAUAAUGAACCUACACUAAAAAUAAAAAAAAAUAGGAUUCGAAGAUCCAAAAAAACACAUCUACCCAAAACAUUGUAACACUGACUUGGUGUGGUUUUCCAGCAUUUUCUGUUCUAACUUCAAAUUUACAAGCACUCGGUUUUGUAUUUGUAUUAAUGAAACUGUCUUUAUAUAAAACAACUAAAAAAUUUUGAAAUGUUCUUAUGUCUGCAGAUAUUUUUAACUGAACUUUACACUUGAUAAGAAAGGGCAGAUGGUUAUCCAAUAUGUUACAAGUGCUGAUUUGGUGAAAAAUAUGAAUGUGGACAAAAUUAAACAAAGUAACCAUGAUUUAUUGGGUGAAUUGGAUAAUGCCAGUACAGUAUUUAAAUGUAUGAACAGAUUGGUUUGAUCCCUCUUCCUGCUUUAACAAUGUUACAAGGACGGGUUCAAAUGUUUGUCUAUGCACAGGCGAAGUAAUGCAGUGUAGAUUGAGAAAUGAUUGUUCUGACUACGAAGUAAUAAAACAGCUUUUGGGACUGAACCUGCUUACCAAGGCAUUGAAAAAGCCUGCAACUAAAGUUAAGUACUUGAAAAGUAAUUUUAGGGAAUAUGUAAAAAAAACUUUGUUAGUGUUAGAUUAAAUUGUAUAAGCAAAGCUAAGUUUUAUUUUAACUGGAUUACCUUGUUUUGGAAAUGAAAGUUCAGAAAAAGUGAAACAUUAUGCAAUGGGCUCUAUAUCUGAACAGCAGAGACUAUAAACAUGUAUGCAUUAAAUGUCAAAAUUCUGUAUAUUGGACAAUUUAAUAUAGUAAUUGAUUUUUUUGUUUGUGUUUUACAUGCUUAUGUCAAUAGAUAUGUAUAUACUCUUUCUGGACUUGGAGAAAG